AUGGAGGGUCGACGAUCAGCGACGCUGGGCGUCUCAAUUACCUUCUUCGCCCUUGCCACCAUUUUCGUCCUGCUCCGCUUCAUCUCGAGAAUAUUCGUGGUCAGGAAAAUUGGGUUACACGACUGGUUGAUGUUGGUCGCAUGGAUGAUCGAUUUCGGAUUUUCCUUCUCACUUUUCUUUUCCGUGCAAAAGGGUCUUGGCCUUCAUUCGAGCGACAUCAAACCGGAAGAUGAACUCGCUUUUAAUAAGGCCAAUUAUGCCUUCACCGUGCUAUACAACCCGGCAUUGAUGGCCGUCAAGACCUCAAUCCUGAUCUUCUACCUGACCUUGACUCGAAAUCAGAAAGUCUUCCGUUUCGCGAAUUAUGUCACCUUGUUUGUCGUGAAUGCUGCGGGCCUUGCAUUGACAUUGGUCAAUGUCUUCCAAUGCAGCCCCCUCGGCGCAGUCUUUCUCUCCGACAUUCCGUCGUAUGCGCAUUGUACGGAUAUUGUCACUCUAUACUUGUCGUCCUCUCCGGUGAAUAUUAUCACCGAUCUCGCCAUCCUCAUCCUUCCGAUGCCGCUCCUGACGAAAAUGCGCCUGCCCUUCAAACAAAAGAUCAUUUUGGUGAUCACAUUUUCCUUCGGCUUCUUCGUGGCCGUAGUCGAUGUUAUCCGAAUCGCAUUUCUCCAACAAGCCGCCAUCUCUCGGUCGCUAGAGGUCAAGUCGAUUCACAUUCAAAAUAUUGGAGGGGUGGACUUUAGCUGGUAUGCGUCACUUUCUUUUAUGUGGUCUGUCGUCGAAGUCAACGUUUCAAUUAUUUGUGGCUGUGUUCCAAGUCUCAAGCCCCUGGUCACUCGGCUUGUCCCCAAACUCAUUAGAGAUACCAACGACACAACAACUUCAUCGCCAAACGGAGGCUAUGCGUAUCCCACGGGGGAAAUCCCCGUUCCAGCUACCCCUGCGGCCGCAGCAUUGGGAUUCCAAUCCGCUUUACCAGGCACCGAAGGCGACAAAAGCCUGCAAAAUCAUGUUGGAAGUGUCUCAGCUGGACGACAUAGCUCUCGCGAGUCGGAGCCGAUAGACCUGUUGGAAUUCCUGGGCCAUCCUGCGACGGCUCCUCUUGAUACCGAGACAAUGACACACACGAGCACGAGCUAUCCGCCUGAUAUCACAUUCUUUGACUUCGUCAACAUGAAGAAUCCAGAGAGUAUGCUCAAGUUAAAUACUAGGGAGUCGAUCGCACCAAUCGCGCUGACCACGCUCCUGUUCUUUCUUUGGGGGUUCGCGUACGGUCUACUCGAUAUAUUAAACUCUCAGUUCCAGACCAUUGUUCACCUUGGCCCGUGGCACUCGCUGGGUCUGCAUGGUGCCUACUUUGGUGGCUACGUGCUAGGGCCUUUAUGCGUCGGUGGUCCCGUCUUGAAAAUCUGGGGCUUCAAGGCCACAUUUAUGACAGGACUUUGCAUCUACGCUUGCGGGACACUCAUCUUCUGGCCUUCGGCUGUGCUCACGUCGACCCCUGCGUUCAUCUUAUCUAAUUUUAUUGUUGGUUUCGGCCUAGCUGUUUUGGAAACUGCGGCAAACCCUUUCAUCGCCCUCUGUGGCCCACUCGAGAAUUCAGAAAUCAGACUGAAUAUCUCGCAGGGUGUACAAGCAGUCGGAAGUGUCUUGUCACCCCUUCUGGCCAAACGUGUUCUCUUCAAAAGCGUCCAGGAUGUCGCAAGUCUGGUUGACGUACAGUGGGCAUAUCUUGGAAUUGCCCUGUUUGACGUCCUAUUGGCAGUAGCAUUCUACUACCUACCCGUCCCCGAGGCCUCAGACGAGGACCUGGAAGAGCUAGCAAACCGCCGUCGCGAGGACAACAUGACUAAAGUGGUCGGCAUUCCAGUUGUAUGGCUUACCCUUGGCUUGGGAGUUUGGUCUCAAUUCUUUUACUGUGCCGGCCAAGAAGUCCUCGCGACAAGCCUCAACCGUUACGUCCUCGCUGCUCAUUCCACAACAUCCCUCCAACCAUUCGAUAUUCUUACGGUCGGCCACAGUGUCUUUGCUGUAGGUCGCUUCCUUGCCGCAUUUGCCCAGUGGUUCCUCAAGCCCCGCUGGAUUUUGAUGGUCAACUACAUUGGCAUGAUUGUAUGUGGAGUCCUUGCAAUGUACACAAGCGGCUCCGCAGCAAUUGCCAUGGUAAUGCUUCUCUACCUCUUUGAGAGUGGUACUUUCAGCAUCAUCUUCGCCAUCUCCCUUCGCGGCACAGCGCAACAUACCAAAAAUGCUGCCAUUCUCCUAACCAUGGCUAUCAGUGGUGGUACCUACUUCCCAUUCGCCGAAUAUGCAGCAUAUCUAGCCCGCGGGGAAAACUAUUCCUUCUCCGUCCUCGUUGCCCUCUUCUGCGCUGGUGCCAUCUUCCCAAUCUACCUCAACUUCGUCCCCGCCGUCAAAAAGCAAGUCGACCCUGUCCCCAACGAGUAUCUCCGCCGCCACCGAAAGAGGACUCGAACACACAUCGACACCAUACAACGCGAUAAAGAGAACCCCUCUCUCGGCGGUGUCCUCUCUCGUCCUCGCAGUCUGGUCUCAAAUCCAGACCAUCUCCCCGACCUUCCCCUCCCAGAAGAAAUCCACCGCUCCUCCCUGGCCCACGACCUCCCUGGUCAAAAAUCGAGUUCAAGCUCCAGUCGGAAUUCGAUCUAUUCAAGGGAUUCGACUUCCCAGCGCUUCUCACGCAGGAAUAAUGAUUCAUGA